AUUGAACUAUAAUUGUGACUUUGGAUUUUAGUUGUGGCUGACUAUAUUUGUAUUUCAGUGAACAUUGACUAUAUAAUAACUAUAUGGAAGCCGGAAAGCAAGCGAUAAACAUGGCCAUGACAUUGUAGAACAAUGAAAACGCUCCUGCUCAGAGACAGGACAAACUAACCCCUGAAAACACUCCCACCUAGUGUCAAGUUGUGUAACUGCCAAAGAUGAAAAACUACAUUAAAUUCAAUUUCUGUAGGCUUUGAUAGAAAUUUAUUUUUCUAUUACAUUACAUUUUGUUCAUGGCAUCAGUUCCCAAUUACAAGCCUCUAAUACCCAAAAUGAUACACCGUACGUGCCCCAGCUCAUUUAAUACCUAGACUCUUCACAAAAUAUCUUAAUACAAUGAAGCCUAAAUUGCUGCCACUGACAGGUCGGCACUGUAGUAGUAGCAAGUGUAUUAUUUUGCCUUUGUCUGCUGAGGGGGCAGCAUCAGAGUCAGAGAUGCCAGCAGCACCUCCAAAAGUUUGGAGGUGUUUGUGUCACUGAGGGAGAGGAUGUAAUGAGUAAACUUCACUUCAUCAGGGACAACCCAACUUCAUGGACAACAACUUCUGAGGCAGCAGAUAUCCUUUUUACUCAGACUGAUUGAAGCUUGCUGUCAUAGAGAAUGCUUCAGGAAAUCAUUUCUAUGGUUCUCUAUAAAACUGUAUAGUAACUCUUCAUUUUGUGAUAUGAGAACACCCCUGUCAGGUAUAGAUUUUUGUAUUAUCAUUGUGGCGUGACUGAGACACGGCGAGACCACAGAUUUGGUGUUAGAGGCGUUUUAUUUAUUCUGGCUGUAGCUCUGGGCGGUCAGCCGCACAUCACACCACAAAAACUCACACACAACAGCACAAUUCCCCUCAUGUAGGUUGGCGGGCGUAAUUAGAGAUGCUGCGCAAGUGCGUCCGCCCUCCCUGCACGGCACCGCAGACCACGCCCCACCACAGCCAUAUUUUUGAAUUAUAUCUUUAUGCAGCUGUUUUUCUUACAUUUAUAUUGUACAUAUUAUUUAUUAAUGAAAUUUACACAACACCAGUCUCACUGUUACUGCUUUUAACUUUUAAGUUUCUUUUUUAGAAAAUAGAAACAUUACUCUAUUCCUUUAGCCAAAUAAUACAAUAAAGCCAAAUAGUGAACAUUAUUACUAAGUGUAUACAAAUGAUUACAGCACGUCCAGUGGUGCAAGACGUGUUGUGGAGAUCACGGUCAAAAAAGAAGGUGAUACUGUUAACAGCCACUUCUGGUAAAAGCAUAUCUAAUAUUCGCACUCAUGCUUUUGUGUUAUUUCCUCUUUUUACAUCACUUCCUGAACAGUUCUUAAAAAACCUCACACCUGUGGAAAUGACUUCUCUAUGAAGCUCGCAACAAUGUAAGUUUUUAUAUCUUAAAUAUAGAAGAAAUAUCUAAGUUUUAUGCAAAGCUAACAUUUCCAUCUAUGAUUUUCUAUCAUUCUUUGAUUCACUGCUAUUUAGAUUAAACAUCAUAUUUGUCGAGAAAAAAGUUCCACAGGAAAAAGGUGAAGGAUUUUCUUUUUCUCUCGUCUAUCAUGUUUAUGAACAUAACUUCUUGAAAUAAGAGCUGUAUGCUGGUAUCUUACCAGAUUCUUUGAAGCUGAAUAUUUAUCCUUGUAAUGACAGUAGUAGUAGUUACAUGAGAACGCUGGGCUUUGCAAAAUUACUAUUACUCUCAUAAUCACAUAUUUUAAAGGUGAUAAUGAGCCCUGUGAGUGAGUGAAUAAUAUUUGCUGUUAUCUUGAGCUAACACACUAAAUUUUUUCCCAAACAUCAUUUGAGCGCUUUAACAGAAUACUUAAAAAAAAUGUUUUUGUCACUUUUCACCAUAACAGCUUGUCACUGGUAAUGUUUAACAAAUAAUCAUGUAAAUUGUUUCAUGUGCAAACUUCAGACUCUUCACUUUUUUUGCAACAAAGAUGGCUGCAACUCUGACUUUUCUUCUCAUUAGUUCUCUGCUGCAGGGUGCACUGUGUGAAAGGUUCAACAUCAAGAUGCCACAGAAUAUAAAUGUUUUGAGAGGAUCCUGUUUGACCAUCCCCUGCUCCUUUGAUGUAGAGAGCAGAUUUGAAAUUGACUUAGAUGAUUCAUGUAGAGCAUAUUGGUGGUAUUCAUACAGUGAAACUAGAAGACUACUUAAAGCUCAAGAAAUGACAGAAGACUUAACAAAGAAAGACUGCACCACAACUUUCAAUAAUGCAAGUCUUCUUCAAAGAAGUAAAUAUUACUUCAGACUGGACUGUGAUAAUGAAAAGAAAUACACUUUUACACAAGCUGGUGUAAAUAUUUCAUUCAUAGAUGUUCCUCCCUCACCGACUCUGACUCCAUCCACACUGGAGGUGAAGGAGGGAACCUCAGUGAGUCUGACGUGCUCUGCUCCAGCUCCAUGUUGGUCUCAUCCUCCAGCUCUGACAUGGAGCCCUAACCUGGGUCAGAGUCGGGAGACACUGCAGGAGAAUCAGGACAAAACUAAAGUCAAGACUUCUGUUAUGAAUUUCACUGCUUCUCACCUCCAUCAUGGAAAUAAAAUCUCCUGCACUGCUGUCUACAGGAAAGAGGAUGGUAGCCCUGAUGUCACUGCUGAAACAAGUUUAACUCCUGAUAUUUCAUAUUCACCUAAAAACAUCACAGUUUCAGUCAGUCCUUCUGGUCCAGUACCAGAGAACAGCUAUGUGAGUCUGACCUGCAGCAGUAAUGCCAACCCGGCAGUGAGGAACUACACCUGGUACAGAGCUGAUGGAAACCAGGAGGCUUUUAUUGGAACAGGAACCAGUUUAAACAUUCAAGUCUUCAGAGACAGACGAUCAUUUUUCUGCAAGGCUGGAAAUGAGAUUGGAGUUGGACGUUCCAGCAGCAUUCAAAUAGAUGUUCAGUGGUCUGAAAUGCACUGUGGACUUUACAGUGGAGUCCUUCCUUGGGUCCUCGCUGGUGUGUUUUUCAGUGUCAGUGUCAUCUGUGCGGCAUGCCUUUGCAAAGUACGAAAGAAUGUGAAGCCAAAAGAAGAGGACAGAAAUUAUAUGACACUGAGUGGUAGAAACGUCAGCUCUUCAGAGUAUGAUGUCAUUAACACAGCUCCAAAGAGUCAGUGACGCUGACCUUGA